GACGUUAAAGACGGUGACGUGUCUUUGUUGACAGCAGAUACAGGGGGUUCGCUUUAAUUUUCAACGUUUGUGAGAAAGGCAUGGUUUAGAAAUGGCUGUUGAUAUAACGUUAUUGUUCAAAGCGAGCGUAAAGACUGUGAAAACCCGAAAUAAAGCCAUUGGGGUUGGAUUCGACAGUACAAAAGAUGACAUCCUGAAGAAAACCAGACUUAAGAGUGACUUCUCCACAAAAGCUAAGGAAGUGAUUUCCAACAUCACCAAGCUGAAAGAUUUCCUCUUGCAGCACAGAAAAGAUUAUGUUAAUGCUGGCAGCCUGAUCUCUUCUGAUUAUACUCGAAUGACAGAUAAUGAGCGGGAUCAGAUUGACCAGGACGCUCAAAUAUUCAUGAGAACGUGCUCAGACGCCAUUAACCAGCUGAGAACAGAAGCUGAUAAAAAAGUUAUGUCUGCUCAAGUAAAAGAACACAGAGGAGCAGUUCUGGACCUGAUCGAAGAUUAUCUGAAAGGUGUGUGCAAGCUGUACUCGGAGCAACGGGCCAUCAGGGUUAAGCGGGCAGUGGAUAAAAAAAGACUUUUGAGACUCGAGCCUGAGCGACACAGCAAGCUUCUCUCUUCUGCCACUGAGAAAAGUGCCCAACCAGAUCCCUCAGAUGAGAAGACUUUAAAAGAUAACACCACAGAUACAAAUGUAGCAGAAGCUCAAGAGAGUGGCGUUGGCCUUUGGGAAGAUGGCAAAGUUGAAGAUGAGCUUUCACCUGAAGAAAUUCAAAUGUUUGAGCAAGAGAACCAAAGGCUUGUGAGUGAAAUGAACAGUCUUGUGGAUGAAGUCAGACAAAUUGAAGGCAAAGUUGUGGAAAUUUCUAGACUGCAGGAGAUAUUUGCAGAGAAAGUUUUACAUCAGGAAACGGAGAUAGAUAAUAUUCAUCAGCUUGUGGUAGGCACAACAGAAAAUGUCAAGGAGGGGAAUGAAGACAUUAGAGAGGCCAUUAAAAACAAUGCUGGAUUUCGUGUCUGGAUCCUCUUCUUCCUUGUAAUGUGUUCAUUUUCUUUGCUUUUCCUGGACUGGUAUGACAGCUAAUGAAACAACUUUCUGAAAAUCAUCAUUCAGCUGUAGACUAGGAAAAGCCAAAUGGAGAACAGCACCACUGGAUGGGAUUAACGGUCAAUGUUAUGCUUCAGAGCAAAAUUUGUUCCAUUUUUUCUUAUCCCAAAGAAUCUCCAUCUUUUUUGUAAUAAGCAAAAUAAUAAUUUGUUUGCUUUAUGUUCAGUUUCUCUAGGACCUCACUUCUACACUUUACGUUUAUUUUCUGAAAAUGGGCAGCAAAUUUUUCUGUUCUGCAAAAAAGAACUUUUUUUAAGGUUUAUGUUAAAAUCAAAUAAUCAUUGCUGCAAAAGUUUGUUUAGCCUGGCCCUAGCAUCUCAUUAUAGGCUUUCUCAGUGGAUAUUUUACAAAUCCUUUUCCAUGUAAGAGUUAUUUAUGUUUUGAUUCUCUAUAAAUUUGCUCCAUGUUCAUCUAUGGUCACACUUAAAUUGAACAAGAAAAAGUAAAACAACAAAAUUAUUAUUA